GACUUUGGCAGUGGUUUUUGGGAACAAGCGGGAGACCUACGUACUAGCAGAGCAGAGCAUCCCUUGUUGGAGAUAGCAAGGGACUUUGGAAGUGAGCGCAUCAGAUCCACAUUAUUGGGUGUACGCCGGGAAUACAUUCGAGGAGGAGAUUUUAAUGGGCAUAUUGGGACGAAUGUUGGGGGCUAUGAUGAGGUUCAUGGUGGUUUUGGCUUUGGGGCUAGCAACGGAGGAGGUGCUGCUUUGUUGGAUUUCGCUAAGGCUUUCGAGUUGAUUGAUUACCUCCUCCCCAGGAGAGGUGAUAAAGGUCUAUGCAAGGAUUACAAAGUUAUCCCGAGUGAGUCCUUCGUGUCACAACAUAGACUCUUGGUGAUGGACGUCGGCAUCAUAAUAAAGAUGAUGAAGCGGGUUAUCAGGAGUCGUCCGGGGAUCAGGUGGGAAGCCUUGUCUAAGGAUAAAGUACACGAGUUGGAGAGGAAGUUCAUGGAUAUGGGGGCCUGA